AUGGCCGUAAAAGCCCUCAUCUCAACCCUCGAAGAGGAAAUCCUCGACCCAGAAGAGGAAACGUUCUUCCUCUUCUCACACGAGAUCCCUUCCUCGAACCUGGGCUUCAUCGACCCCAAGGCCACGGAACUCUCCCUGACCUUGGCCGGGCGAGACUUCACCAUUCACCAGUCUCCCACGGUUCUCUCGUCGACGCGCGCAGGCGGCACGACCGGGGCCGUCCUCUGGAAAAUCACCCCCCUCUUCGCCACCUACCUCUCCUCCCCCGAGUCCCCCUUCUCUCCCAUCUUCCGCCCGACCUCAGCCGUCCUUGAGCUGGGAUGCGGCAUCUCCCCGCUGACAGCUCUCCUCCUUGCCCCACGCGUCGCCCGCUACGUCCUCACCGACCAGCCCUACGUGUCGCGAAUGAUCCAUCAGAACCUCGAGGCGAAUCCUCUGCCCUCCUCCUCCUCUUCAUCAAAAUCGUUCUCCCGUCGUAAAAAGACCGGCGGUGGCGCUUCUUCCUCCUCCCCCUCCUCCUCGUCCACCCCCGGCGUCAUCGCCUUCCAACCACUCGACUGGGAGCUCGACACCCCGGACCCCUCUCUGACGGGAUCCUCCACGAUCCGCAGCUUCGACGCCAUCGUCUGCUGCGACUGCAUCUACAACGAGGCCCUCGUCGCGCCCCUCGUCUCCGCCACCGCCGACCUCGCCCGCCUCCGCCACCGCGAGCGCGAGGACCGGGCCGAGGCCCGCGACUCCGCCAACAACAACGCCCUUCUGCAGGACCAUCACUCCUCCGCUUUCUCCUCCUCCCCCUCUUCCCACGCGGACCGGUCCGAGCCGUGCGUCUGCAUCGUGGCGCAGCAGCUUCGCAGCCCCGACGUCUUUGAGGAAUGGGCCAGGGCCUUCCAUCGCGACUUCCGCGUCUGGCGCGUCCCUGACGCCCUGUUGCCCGAGGGGUUGAGGAUCGACUCCGGGUUCGUGGUCCACGUCGGCAUUUUGAGAGAGGCGGAGACAGACUUUUGA